AUGAGUGGACAGGCUGCCAGCUACUACAAUAACGAGGGCUUUGCCCAUCCGCAGCCCCAGCCCCAGCAGUCUGCGUACGGGUACAACACAGGGCAGAGCAAUUACCAGCAGCCCAAUUAUCAGCCCCAACCGCAAUAUCAACAGAACUUUCAACCGCAGCCGGGGUACCAGCCGCCUGUGGAAGCUAAGCCGCCUCCAGAAUACCAGCAGAAUGUCCCACAGUCGGGAUAUAGCUUCGAUCAGGCCUUCAAGAUCGAGAAGCCCAAGUGGAAUGAUCUAUGGGCAGGUCUUUUGCUGAUCGCGGUAUUCCUGGGAUACGCUGCUGUCUCUGGAAUCACUAUCCACAAGUAUGCGACGAACAAGGGCUUCAGCGGAGGAGGCAUCUACGACUCGGCCAAUGAUUUCUCUCUCAACACCAAUACCCUCGUCUUGUUCAUCUUCGUGCUCGCCGUCGCUCUUGUCCUAUCAUGGCUAUACUUUAUGGGCGCAAGAUAUUUCACCAAAACCUUCAUUUGGGCAACCGGUAUUCUCAACAUCGUCUUCGCCCUCGCAACGGGAAUUUACUACAUCGCGCGCAAGCAGUACGGAGGUGGAAUUGUCUUCCUACUAUUCGGAGUGUUCGCGAUUAUCUGCUUCAUCAGUUGGAUCCCGCGCAUCCCAUUUACCGCAUUUAUGCUGCAGACCGCGAUGGACGUUGCGCGGGGCUACGGUCAUAUUUUCCUGGUCAGUGCCCUGGGUGGAAUUGUCACGGUUGCUUUCGCCGCCUGGUUCUCCGUGACUCUGGUCUCGGUCUAUGUUGGCUACGAACCAAGCUCCACGGGUACUAAUCCGUCGUGUGCUGACGGCGGCUGUAGCAGAGCCAAGGUCAUUGGUCUCGUCGUGUACGUGACUUUCGCGAUGUACUGGGUCAGCGAGUGGAUCAAGAACACUGUUCACACUACCAUUGCCGGUGUGUAUGGCUCAUGGUACUUCUGGAGCAAGUCCGCGGGUGGAAUGCCCAAGGGCUCGACCCGUGGUGCAUUCCGACGCGCCACUACCUACUCAUUUGGAAGUAUCAGUCUGGGAAGUCUGAUCAUUGCCUUCAUUCAAAUGAUGCGCCAGGCCUGCUCCAUUGCCCAGCGACAAGAAGCUGCCCAGGGAAACCUCAUCGGCAGUAUUGCUAUGUGGGUGCUGGGAUGCUUUAUCUCUCUGCUUGACUGGCUCAUCACCCUUUUCAACCGCUACGCUUUCUGUCACAUUGCGUUGUAUGGAAAGGCGUAUAUUCCUGCGGCCAAGGAUACUUGGAAGAUGAUGCGGGACCGCGGCAUCGAUGCUCUUGUCCAGGACUGUCUGAUGGGUCCAGUGCUGACCAUGGGCUCGACCUUUGUCGCCUAUGUCUGCGCUUUGCUCUCUUACUUGUACCUGCAAUUCACGAAGCCGGAAUACAACAAGGACGGCAACUUCACUGCUGUCAUUAUGGCGUUCGCGUUCUUGAUCGGUCUUCAGGUCUGCCAGGUCUUCAUGACUCCCAUUGGCAGUGGUGUUGAGACAAUCUUCGUGGCUAUGGGUUGGGAUCCUCAGGUCAUGAUCAAUGACCACCCCGACAUUUAUUAUAAGCUUGUGGAGCUGUACCCCCAAGUACAACAGGCGGUCCACGCAUAA